GGAGUCCAGUGGCGUGGGAUUAAGGUGACACCAUAACCGUGCUCUGCUCAAGGUUGGUUUUCCCCUCGCAGAAAAAAGAAACAAGGCUAAGAAUCUGCCAGAGUCAAGGUGCCUCCAUCUCUAGCAUCCUGCUGUUAUAUUAAUCAGUCAUCAUGCCUCGAGGUCAAAAGAGUAAGCUAAAUGUUCGAGGGACACACCGCCAAGCCAUAAAUUAUGCUCAGGCUUUUGAAGAUGCUAAGGAAACAGUAGAGCCAACAGAAGAGUCUUCUUCUGAAUCAGGUGGUACCUUUGAGGUGCCAGAAAAGCAAUCAGUGUCCACCAUGAAUAUUGAUCUCUUUUCUAUAUUAGAUGGCAGUUCUACUGAUCUUGAUGAUGCCGAAAGUCUUUUUAGGAAUUACCACACCAUUAAUAAUCAAGAUCUUCUAGCCAGAAAGGUCCUAGUGCUAGUGCAGAUUCUCCUUAAAAACUACAAAAUAAAGCAGCUUACCACAAUGGAAGAUAUGAUGCAGGUUAUUGAUAAGGAGGAAAUCAAUGACUUCCCUGAGAUGCUCCGGAAAGCUGCUGAGAGGCUUGCUGAUGUCUUUGCUGUUGAACUGAGGGAAGUUGAAUCAAGCCGACGGGUGUAUGAUCUUAUCAGUAAACUGAAACUACCCAACAAUGGGAGGGUUCGUGCUGGCCAGGGCUUUCCAAAGACGGGAUUCCUGAUGACUGUACUGGGCAUAAUCUUCAUGAGUGGCAACUGUGCCCGAGAAGAAGACAUCUGGAGAACACUAAGAUAUAUGGGUGUGUAUUCUGGAAAGAAGCACCAAAUCUAUGGAGAGCCCCGGAAGCUCAUCACUCAAAAUUUUGUGAAGCUAAAGUAUUUGGAGUACCGGCAGGUCGCCAACAGUAAUCCUCCACAAUAUGAGUUCCUGUGGGGUCCCAAAGCAUAUGCUGAAACCAACAAGAUGACCAUCCUAAAGUUUGUGGCUAAGGUCAAUGAUAUCCCCCCUAGUUGCUUCCCAGAUCUUUAUGAAGAAGCUUUAAAAGAUGAUCAAGGGAAGAAUCAAAGCAACCGUAAUGUCAGCUCUGCCAUUUGUCCCAAAGCUAGGGCAUUUACAUUUGUGAUGUGUCCAGGGUUUGCUUGCUUCCCUGCCCAAGUUUAAAGGAAAAAGAUAUAGCAGUAGAAGAAGAAUUUCCUUGAAAACAUGAAACGAAGCACAGAGAAAACAGGUUAAGGUAAUAAGAGGAUAGAAAUCAAAACAUGAGUAAGCAUUGCUUUUUUAGUUGCUUUUGUUCUGUUUGAUGAAGGUAAAUGUUUGAAAACUUUCUCCCUGUCUGUUGUUAAGAAAAUAGAAAAAAAAUAAAUGUUUCUCAAUUAGA